GGAGGGGUCUGAGCCAGGUGGGGUCGGGGAGACCCGAGCCUCACCUGAGCCUGCUGCAGGCUCGGGCUCGAGUGCGGGAGCUGACCUGCGCUUCUCUCAUCGGAACCCUCUUAGUGGCCAAAACGUGCCUUCUGCCCACUUCACCCUCCACGAGGCUCGCUGUCUGAGGCUUCGCACCACCUGUCCAGAGUGCAGAGAGGUCGUCCUGAGGGAGCAGCUGGAGGACCACCAGGCACAUGGGCACAAGCAGGUCCAGUGCAGUCUGUGUCUCCAGAGCAUGCAGAAGUAUCUCCUGGAGGCUCAUCAGGCUCAGUGCCCCGAGCGCCCCAUCGAAUGUGAGUUCUGUGAACUGGCCGUGCCCCUCAGCCACCUGGAAGAGCACGAGAGCAGCUGUGGUGGCCACACAGUGCCCUCCCUCGACCACAUCCUGCCCGCCCAGCUGGCAGGCCAUGAAGACGGUUGCAUGUACGAACCUGAGGAAGCCAGGAAAGCUCCCAGAAAGAAAGUUUGCUGCUCGGAGUGCGGUCGAGACGUUCCAGAAGAAAAACUUUCCCAGCAUCAGGAGAAAUGUGGACGGCUCACAGACCUGAUGAAGUCCUUUGAUGCCUGCUCAGUGAAGAGGGCUGCUGGGCCUCGUCCGGGAGCAGCUCCAGCCUCCGCAGCGCAGAGGGUCGUUCGUCCAAAGAAGAAAAAAGGCCACCAGCUCCCACCAGCCUCGUCACCCUUAGGCAGGGAGGUGCCCCUCUGCUCCGGGAGCUCCAGGGCUGCCAGAUCUCGGGACCCCUGGGCUGAGCAGGAGGAGGAGGAGGAGUACAAUGUUCUGGAGGCCUGCUCCCACUGCAGCAUCCUGCUUCCCCGGCCUCUACAGAGGCAACACAAGGAGAAGUGCCGCAGCUUCCUGUCUCACCCCAAUGGACCCCUUCUGAAGUAGAGGAUUCCCGAAGAGGAGAAUCUAGAAAACCCCAGCCUGGCCCAGCGCCGGAGGCGGCGCCCUGGAGAUCCAUCCCCCUCCCUGCCUGCCUGCCGGCCUGCCGGCCUGCCUUACCCAGCUUUGCUCUGUAUCUUCCCCAGGGGUGGAAAGAACACCUGAAUCUCCACCCACUUUUUCUGGCCAGCGGGGCGGGGCGGGGCGGGGCGGGGCGGGGCGGGGCAUCCUCCUUCGGGCCCCUCCCCCCACCCCGAGUUCUCUUGCUCUCCCUUCGAGUUGGCCUCCUUUGAAAUGAAUGUACUUAUUCCCGAAGAACGCAAAACGCUCCUUCUCUGGGGUUAAAGUGGAACAAUCGGGGUCAGCCAACCCGCCCCCAGGACCGGGCCUGGAUUUCCCCGGGCGCUUACGGAGACCCACUGGCCAGGCCCCAGGGGCCCCCUCCGCUGAUUGUCACGAGCCUCCUCAUACCAUGGGGCUCCGGAAAUGGAGCAGGCGAACCACUGGGGGGGGGGCGGUGUUCUCUUUUCCAGGAAGCGUUUGGUCGGCCGGCCUGCCUGCCCUCCUUCCUCCCUCCAUCCCUCCAUCCCUUCCUUCUUUUCUUCCUCCUUCUUUCCUCCCU